AAAAAAAUCUCGACCGCAUCAACGAGCAGCAACGGCCUUGACCCGCACUCGACAGAGCAUAAUCGGUCGAUUAAACUACAGCUGCUGAACUCGAUCAUUACGAUUAAUUCGUCAAUUUCUUCCAAUUCGAGUCGACUCUCUUUUCGAGACCCUCUCCCAACUUUUUUUUUCCGGUUUGAGCAUUCAGUUAGCUCAAUCCUCAACUCCUUCGACUCCCCGAGUUUAACAACUACACAUUAUCUUCACAAUGGGUUUCGGCGCUCCUCGUGGUCGCGGUGGCUUCGGUGACCGUGGUGGCCGUGGUGGUGGUCGUGGUGGCUUCGGUGGUGACCGUGGCGGCCGUGGUGGUGGCAGAGGUGGUUUCGGUGGCCGCGGUGGUGGUGGUGGUGGUCGCGGUGCUCCUCGUGGCCGUGGUGGCCCCCGUGGUGGUCGCGGUGCUCCCCGUGGAGGCCGUGGUGGUGCCGCUGGUGCCCGUGGUGGUGCUAAGGUUAUUAUCGAGCCCCACCGUCACGCCGGUGUCUUCGUUGCCCGCGGUGGUAAGGAGGAUCUGCUUGUCACUAAGAACUUGACUCCUGGUGAGGCCGUCUACGGUGAGAAGCGUAUUUCCGUCGAGGGUCCCGCUGGUGAGGAUGGUGCUGUCACCAAGACCGAGUACCGUGUGUGGAACCCCUUCCGUUCCAAGCUGGCUGCCGGUAUCCUCGGUGGUCUGGACAACGUCCACAUGAAGCCCGGCUCCAAGGUCCUCUACAUUGGUGGUGCCAGCGGUACCUCCGUCUCCCACGUUGCUGAUAUCGUUGGCCCUACCGGUAACGUUUACGCUGUUGAGUUCUCCCACCGCUCUGGCCGUGACUUGAUUGGCAUGGCUACUCACCGUACCAACGUCAUCCCCAUCGUUGAGGAUGCCCGUCACCCCCUGCGUUACCGCAUGCUCGUCCCCAUGGUCGAUGUCAUCUUUGCCGAUGUUGCCCAGCCCGACCAGGCCCGUAUUGUCGGCCUGAACGCUCACAUGUUCCUGAAGGACCAGGGUGGUGUCCUCAUCUCCAUCAAGGCCAGCUGUAUCGACUCUACUGCCGCUGCCGACGUUGUGUUCUCCCGUGAGGUCCAGAAGAUGCGUGAGGAGAAGAUCAAGCCCAAGGAGCAGCUGACUCUGGAGCCCUUCGAGCGUGACCACUGUAUUGUUGGUGGUAUCUACACUCGUUCUUCAUAAAGAGGAGGUUGUUUAAUUGGUGGUCAUGUCUUUCUCCUAUCUGUUCUCUUUCAAUUUUUCCUCAGGCGUCCUGUGUUAUGCUAUGUAUCCAAUGCUAUCUUCUUGUGACUGGUUGUCUCUGCCCAUGUACUUUUGCUUGCGUCACAAAAUCUAGGUUUCACGUCUUGGAAAAUGCACACUAUGGAAAAUAUCUUGGUGCCGUAUACCUUGGGAUGCAUUGACCGAGGGUCUUUGUGUUGUCCCAGCCUAGUCUUGAUAGCUUCAAAAGUUCAAUUACUAUCUCC